AUGGGUAAUCAACAACAACAUCAACUAGAAGAAGAUUUAUCAUUAAAUGAUUAUCGAUAUUUAAUGAAACAAACACAUUUAACUCCACAUGUUAUUCAAGGUUGGUAUCGAGAAUUUUUAACUGUAUGUCCACAUGGUCAAUUAAAUAAACAUCAAUUUAUUAAAUUUUACAAAGAUUUAGAAAAUUCUUCAACAAAAAAUGUUGAAGCUAUUACUGAAAAUGUUUUUCAAGCAUUUGAUCAUAAUGGAAAUCAACGAAUUGAUUUUAAAGAAUUUCUUAUUGCUUAUGCUUUAACAUCUAUUGGUGAACCACAUGAUAAAUUACAAUAUGCAUUUUCUUUAUUUGAUACAGAUCAUUCUCAAACAAUUGAACCAACUGAAAUGAUUGAAUUAUUAAAAAAACUUUUUACUAUAACACAAAAUAAAAUAAGUGAUAAUUCACCAGAAUGUGUUGCUUAUGAUAUAUUUCGUACAUUAGAUCUUGAUCAUAAUCAGUCAUUAUCAAAAGAUGAAUUUAUCAAUGGUUGUCUUCAAAAUACAGCUAUUCGAUGUUUACUUUCACCAUUUGAAUCUAAUUAUCCACCAAACGAUUAA